AUGGCGGAGCCAAAGUCUGUGCCGAGUGAUUUGUACAAAUGUGUGUACUCGUUUCUGCUGGAGAACAAGUUCACCAAGGCGGCUCAGCAGUUUGUCAAGCAGGUUAAAGUGAGUCCACAGGAUCCAAAUGAAGAACGUCUUCUCAACAUCUACGACUUCUGGGUGAAAUCACCUCAAGCUCGAAAACGCAAAACGAUUGCUAGCCAGAAAGUUGGAGGCUCAGUAGCCAAGAAGGCCAAAGUCAGUCAGAAGGACGAAUCUGCUGCCAAAGUCAAAAAGGCGACCCCAGCUGCCAAAGCGGCACCUAUUAAGGCACCAGUGACUAAACCUGUGGCCGCAAACGCUGCAUCUAGCAGUAGCGAAGAAUCGAGUGAUUCUGAAGAAGAAAAGAAGGCUCCUCCUACCAAGAUUCCUGCAAAGCCUGCAGCAGCUGUUAUUGGAACAAGAAAGAAAGACAGCAGCUCCAGCAGUGAGGAAUCUGACUCUGAGGAGGAGCAGACCACCAAAGCCCCUUUGCAGGCAGCAGCAGCAGCCGCCGCAAAGCCUAAAGCUCCAGUGCCUGCUACAGGAGCUAAGGAUAAACAAGAGAGCAGCAGUGAAGAAAGUUCCUCUGAGGACGACGAACCAGCCAAGGUGAACAAAUUGGCAUCUACAGUGCCACAGGCCCCCGUAAACCCUGUCCAAGUGAAAACCACCCCACCUCCAGCUGCAGAGUCCAGCAGUGAAGACUCGUCUUCUGAAGAUGAAGCUCCGCCCAGCAAGAAACCUAAAACGGGAACAUACAGUGCAGUCCCACCUCCGGCUUGCAUACAGAAAGCUACAGCAGCAGCCAGUAAUGCCAAGAGCAACGACUCUGACAGUAGUGACGACAGCAGUGAUGAGGACGAAGGGAAGAAAGCCGCUGUAAAACCUGCACCCGCAAAGACUCCUCCUCCUAAACCUGGUGUGAAGAAGCCUGAUGCAAAGAAGUCCAGUUCAGAGAGCUCAGAUUCAAGUUCAGAUGAAGAAGAGGUAAAAACAAAUCCAGCCAAGGUCACACCAGCUAAAGCAGUCCCAGUUAAACCGGCACCCACAAAAAAAGAUUCCUCAAGCUCAGACAGCAGCUCAGAAGAUGACGCUCCAGCAAAGCCUGUCGCUAAACCUGCUGCACCAUCUGCGGCUUCAAAGAAGGAAGCUGCCAAAGCCAAGCCAGUUGUUGCGAAGGCUGCUGUUCCUGCCACUAAGAUUGCCGCCAAAGAAAGCAGCUCAGACUCCGAUGACUCGUCAUCUGAUGAUGAAGCAGUAAAGACAAAGCCAGCGCCGGCUAAACCUGCCACCCCGGCUUCUCAGCAUGCAACGCCUGGCGGAAAGUCUUCUGUGGCGGCAGCAGCAGCUCAAAGCAGUUCAGAUUCUGACUCUUCGUCUGAGGAUGACGAGCCUCCAAAGCCUGUUGCUAAGGUCGCUGCUCCACCAAAGACUGCACCUGCUACAAAAGAAAGCAGCUCUGAGUCUGGGUCUUCAUCUGAAGAUGACACGCCGGCACCCGCAAAACCCGCGACCCCAGCUUCAAAAGCCAAGCCGGCACCCGCAAAACCCGCAACGCCAGCUUCAAAAGCGGUUCCUCCUGUUGCAAAGGCAGCAGCAAAGAGCAGCUCUGAGUCUGAGUCUUCAUCUGAAGAUGAAGCGCCCGCAAAACCCACGACGCCAGCUUCAAAUGCCAAGCCGGCACCCGCAAAACCCGCGACGCCUGCUUCAAAAGCCAAGCCGGCACCCGCAAAACCCGCGACGCCAGCUUCAAAAGCCAAGCCGGCACCCAGCAGCUCUGAGUCUGAGUCUUCAUCUGAAGAUGAAGCGCCCGCAAAACCCAUGACGCCAGCUUCAAAACCGGCACCCGCAAAACCCGCGACGCCAGCUUCAAAAGCGGCUCCUCCUGUAGCAAAGGCAGCAGCAAAGAGCAGCUCUGAGUCUGAGUCUUCAUCUGAAGAUGAAGCGCCCGCAAAACCCACAACGCCAGCUUUAAAAGCCAAGCCGGCACCUGCAAAACCCUCGACGCCAGCUUCAAAAGCAGCUCCUCCUGUGGCAAAGGCAGCAGCAAAGAGCAGCUCUGAGUCGGAGUCUUCAUCUGAAGAUGAAGCACAAGCCAAGGCACCCAUAAGUAAACCUUCCACCCCUGCUGCUAAGGCUGCAACUGCCACCAAGGCCGCGGUAGCUGCAGAAAGCAGUUCCGACUCAGAUUCGUCAUCUGAAGAGGACGAACCAGUCAAAGCAAAGCCUGCAGUUGCGAAAACCGCUACUCCAGCUUCAAAGGCCCCAGUAGCAAAAGCGGCUGCUCCCGCUAAGCCAGAGAGCAGCUCUGAGUCAGAUUCUUCAUCUGAGGAUGAAGAGCCUGCUAAGUCGGCUACCAGUAAACCUUCCACUCCUGCUGCAAAGGCCACUGUCCCUGCUACUGCUCCUGCUGAAAGUAGUUCAGACUCUGAUUCUUCAUCUGAAGAAGAAAACGUGACAGCAAAACAAGUAGCGGCUAAGGCGGCCACCCCAGCGGCUAAGGCAGCAGCUAAGGCGGCCACCCCAGCGGCUAAGGCAGCAGCUAAGGCGGCCACCCCAGCUUCUAAGGCAGCAGCUAAGGCGGCCACCCCGGCGGCUAAGGCCGCCCCGGCAGCAGCAGAAAGCAGCUCUGAAUCUGACUCUUCAUCCGAGGAAGAAGCUGAACCUCCGAAAGCCAAACCUGCUGCAACAAAAGCGGCUGCUCCGGCAAAGGCUGCAGCAGAGAGCAGUUCAGACUCUGACUCUUCCGAAGACGACGCCCAAGUUGAGGCUAAACCUGUAGUCAAGAAACCUACCGAGACGGCUGCUAAAGCGGCAGCUCCACAAACAAAACCAGCGAAGAAGGCAGAGGAGAGUGGUUCCGACUCAUCUGACAGCUCGGACUCUGAAACACAAUCUAACACCCCGGCCAAUGCUGCUGUCGCCAAUGGGAAAGCUCCCAAAGCUGCAUCAUCUAAACCCGCAGAGCCAUCUUCCAGUGAUAGCAGUUCAGAAGAGGAGGCCACUGUGAAAAGUUCUACACCUGCUCAAUCCACAAAGGCAGCUAAAGCCAAAGACUGCAGUAGCUCCUCAGACAGCUCCGAUGAUGAUGAGGCUGCCACCACCCCCAAGGCGAACGGUACCAAUGGCAAGAAAAAAGCUAAAAAGUCACAGGAAACUACAGAGGAAGUGACGCAAAAACAUACUCCCAAAAACAAAAAAGCAACUACAACACCUCAAACAUUUCCCAAAACCAAGAAGUCUUCAAAUGUUCCUUUCCGGAGAAUAAGGGAAGAAGAUGUUGCGGUGGAUCCCCGCCUCGCAGACAAUUCUUUUGAUGCUAAGAUGGGCUCUAAUGGCGACUGGGGCCAGAAAGCCAACGACGUUCUCCGUUUUACUAAAGGCAAAUCCUUUCGCCACGAAAAGACCAAGAAGAAGAGGGGAAGCUACCGGGGCGGUGCCAUAAACAUGGCAGUCAACUCCAUCAAGUUUGACAGUGAUUGA